AGUGUUGAACGAUCCUCCUCACCCUUCCGAUGUCGUCGAGAGCGAGAUAACUGCCGAUCUCCACCUCCCACCCCGGCACAACCCCCUUCAACGCCCCGGAAAAAUAAAGUGCCCCCCGAUGCCAUGACAGUGUCGGUUUCCCAGCCGCAGCAGCCGAUUGGAAGCGUCCACUGCGGUCCCUUGACGGCGAGCUACACCGUACCUUCUGCCGCUUCCUCCAUCACAUCAACGCCAUCGAACCCCAACGUAGAAGCUGUCGCCAGUUCCUCGAUGGCACUGUCCACGACUACGAUGUCAUCCUCUACGUCACCAACACCUCACCAGGGCCACGGGCGGUCAAGUACGGCACGCGCUAGUCCCGAACCGGACCCCUCCCAAGCAAACCACUCACACACGUCCACGCCAACGUCGGCCCUGCGGAGGCUCUACUUCAAGACGGCUCGUGCAAGCAAAGUGGCCAAAACGGCGGCCGCGGCAGCAACUACGGCAACGGCAGUUGCUGCAGCAGCCGCCAGCUCUUCAACCGUGCCGAAGGUAGUCGUCAUGGGAUCGUCCACAACGUCCGAAGCCACUAUUAACACCUCUACCGAUUCCGCCUCGACGCACAUCACCAACGUGACGACAACUACGGACACGGAGACUAACGAUUCACUAGACCUAGGUGAUGUUUCUGGACAAAGCGAACCAUUGCUAAGCUCGCUCGAGGACGAAAGCUCCAGCAUUAUCGCAUUGAACCAAACUGCGGGCAAUGAGGAGGAUGAAAAUAUCACCGUCAUUAAUGGACCGGACACCCCAUUACUGAUCAGUUAUCAGGAACUGGAAGAUAUGUCACCGAGAUCUCCCAUGUUUUCGCCCCGUGAAUCGCCAAAAAUCGUCGCAGGAGCCUCAAACCGUGCGCAACAACCACGCACAGCGCCGGUUUCGUCAAACGCAACCCGCUUUCCUUUCGAUCCACCCAUCUCGCCGAAAACGUAUAGCGGAGGUGUUAGCCGUGGCGAUGUUGCCUCUUUCGCGCGCACUCACGAAACCAUGUUUAGUUUCGAUGAAUCACCAAACCCAGUGCGACGUCCGCCACCAAAAAUGCCACCCGCCUCGGUCGAACACACACCGGACCAUUCUCCAAACACGAUUGAUGCCGCAACUGCCCAAGAACAGAUCAUUAGUAACACCACGGCAGCAAAGGAUCGUGUUCCGGACAUAGCACAGCCUCCGAAGCAACUGAUGGAACCAACGCAAUCGUCCACAUCCACGCCAAAGCGUCUAAUGAACAGUUUCAAAACCCGUAAGGAACGUCUCGUACAGCAGGCUGGAAGCGCAGUUGCUGCAGCUACAGCUGCAGUCACAUCCGCCGGCGCAUCGGGUAAACCGUUCAAGAAUCCAAACUACGAUCCGGAUUUAACGAUGUUUCCAUUCGAUCGGGAAGCAAUCGAUUAUGAUCGCAUCCAGCGUGAAUGUUUCGCGGUGGAAGAGGAGCUACUGUUCGAGCAUGAGCGCCGUAGUGACGAGGACUAUCGGACCGUUGGUGCUGUCGUUGGUUGUGGCGAGUCGCCAUCCAAAGCACUAUUCGAUGCAGAAAUCUUCAGCGAUCAUUAUUCGAUCUUUCAGCAAUACGCUUACUUGUCGCAGCAAGAAACCCGCGAUACCCCAACUGACCGCAAUGCGACACCUUCGAAGCGCAACCGAGUGGCGAGCACGUCCGAUGCAUUUGCACCACAGCGUCGCAACGAUCACACGGCGUCCGGUCCGGGGGUUGGCCACCCUCAUCCACGGCUGUCCAAGUUUGAUCAGAUCGCCACCAAGUUCGACAUGAUGCCGUCAAAGUCUGCGGGUGGGACAGCAGCGACACAACACCUGGGCUGCGGCACGCUUCCGGAUUUACGCGUCGACUACUUCGCGGAAACGUCAUGCUGUUCCGUUGCGGGAAUUUCCGUCUCAUCAAGCGUAGAACCAACCGGCGAAACUGGCAAAGCGCGUGCGUCGUCCCCGGCAUCGGUGGCGACCUCUGGUGGUGGUGGCCUCCGUUCGAUGGAAGUCGUUGGCACAGGCGCAAUGAUCACCGGUGCUAUAAAUGUUACGCCAAACCCGAUGGAAGGAGCAGUUUGUACACAACCGCGGGCGACAAUAGUCGUACAGCAACCCUCGCUCAGUCUGGACUACACAUCCGUCGAAACGAUUCUGCUGAAAAAUGAAGGAGACUUUAUCAGCGUCGGCGAACAGGGCGCGAAAGGUGAGGUACAGUCGACGCAAAGGAAAAAACAGCAACGAGAGGAACACAUGCGACAGUUGCUGGACGUGACCAAUGCGCUCACCACGGAGGAAAUUAAGGAUUUCGAAAUGAGAUAUGGUAGUCCCCAUCACAGUCGAUCUCAAUCGGUCAAAACUCCCGGCAGUAGAGCAUCAGGCCGUCCAAAUCAACUAUGCCUACCACAGCAGCGUUCGAGAGUGGCUUCCAUGCCGAAUACAGGAGUCGAAGAGGAAUACUACAGACUUAGGCAUUUUUCCAUUACUGGCAAGGGUGUCGUCAAUCGGGGUGAUUCGUUGAAAAGCAGACGAAGCAAAUCAAAUAAUAGUGUGGCCAGCUCCAAUUCCAGUACUGAACAUCUAACUCCUGCCGCCGGAGCCGUUGCUGGUUCUGCUCGGACGUCAGCAACGUGUAGUUUGGCAUCUAGUCGAGAGAGCAGUACAUCUAAUCCGGCAUCUGGACCGUACAAGGUGCUGAUGCUGGGUGGACCGGCCGUGGGUAAAAGCUCAUUAGUUUCACAGUUCAUGACAUCGGAAUACCUGCAUGCAUAUGAUACUAGCAUAGAUGAUGACUCGGGAGAAAAAACGGUUUCCGUGCUUCUCAGUGGAGAAGAAUCCGAACUGACAUUCAUCGACCAUAGUUAUAACGAAAUGGCGCCCGAAAAUUGCAUGUCUACAUACGACCCGCACGGUUAUUGUGUGAUAUAUUCGUCGACGGAUAAGGAAACUUUCCUUAUAGCGGAGCGAGUUCUGCAAAUCCUUUGGACGACAGAAAACAUCGCCCAAAAGGCAGUGAUACUGGUGGCCAACAAGGCAGACCUGGCCCGGUGCCGUGUGGUGACGUCUGAUGAGGGUAAAGCAAUGGCAACACAGUAUGAUUGUAAAUUCAUCGAAACAUCCGUCGGAAUCAAUCACAAUGUGGACGAGUUGCUGGUGGGACUGCUCUCCCAGAUAAGAUUAAAAUUGGAAAAUCCGGAAAAAUCAAGGGACCUUUUCCGGAAACGAUCGAUUCGGAAAUCGAAACGUCGAGCCUGUUCGCCACUGGGUGGUGCCAUCUGUUUGGCCGGCAUCGGUGGCAACACGAAUCCCAGCACACCAGUUUCAGGACCACCGGCUAGCGGGGGCGGUUUCGUCGACACCCCGCCCGGAAGUGCGCACAGUAGUCCUAGGAAAUAUCGAGGAUCGCGAACAUCCGCUAGUCUCAAGGUGAAAGGGUUGCUCGGUCGUGUGUGGGCUCGUGAUUCGAAAUCCAAGAGCUGUGAAAAUUUGCAUGUACUGUAA